ACCAUCCCAUUUCCUCACCACCUUAAUAUAAAUCUAAUGAAUGCAGCUUUCAAUGUCACAGCAAAGUACAAUACGGCACUGAUCUCUCCUGAGAGGGAGAGAGAGCAUGGGGGUUGUGAUGGAGGAGGGGGGAAAUGGACCAAAUGAGGAGCAGAAAGAAGAUGAGGAGAGGAAAUAUGAAAAGGGUAUGAGGGUUGGGUCAGGGUAAAAUAGGUGUGUUGUCAUCACCAAUACAGUAAGAUGGAGAAAGGGAGGAGAUAGAUGGGGGAUGGGGGGAGGGGGGGGUGGAGCAGAGCCACAAUUCUCCUGUAGUCCUCCUCCUGGAAGCAUGGGCUAGAUGAUGUGUGACAGAGAGAGAGAAAAGAGACGAAGAGUAUGGGAAACACCGCCGAGCCCCCAGACAGGAACAAAGGACUGCAGUGAGGACGGGGCAGGAGGCACGGUUAGAUCUCGAAUCCCUUCUUACUGUGCAACAUCAGUCAGGGACAGACACAGCAGUACAGUGGGAGGCGUUCUUGCAAGCAUAAGUGAAGCAGCGAUCAGGGUAGCAAUCCAAGCACAUUUACCAGAGGAAGGAGGGAGGGAAGGAGGGAGAGGGAGGAGAGAGAGAGAGAGCAGAUCUAUGAGAGGAGGAGGAGGAGAAAGAGGAGGGAGGAGUGGGGGGUUGUUGCAUGCUCACACAGAGAGAGAUAGAGUGAUUCCAUGAGCGAGAAAGAGACACAGAGGCAGAGAGAGGGAGAGCACAAGGCAGAGAUGGGGACCGAAUGCUGAGGCAGAGGUAGUUGGCAGGACCGAGAUCUGCACACAAACGUGAGCAAAAGGAGGGGAGAGAGGAAGGGAGAGUGGAGGUUGAAGGAGAGCAGGAGGAGAGGGAGGGAGAGAUUGAGGGAUGCAAGAUGAUGGAAACCAGAAAUAGGCUUCACAGGACAGUUUUUCAUCUCUGCUCUCUGCGGCAGACAUGACUCUGGGCAUUGGACUGUGCUGAAAUUAGCCAGGGGGACAACGCAGGACAGCAGGUCUGCAGCGUGCUGCCUUGGUUCAGCCUCGCUGGAUGCAGCAAGGCAGCUGAUUUAUUACUGAGGGGCUGGGUGGUAGCGUGUUCGUGUGUGCUGCUCUGAGAGUGUGUGCAUGUGCGCGUGAGUGCAUCUAUGUGUGUGUGUAUGCAGGUUUUUAUGGGUCCUUGUAGAGCUCGGAGCUGUGGGAGCGACCAUUCCUCCAGUCGUAAAAUGACAUUCAGCAGGCAGGAGCUUUGUGUGCUGGUGUGGAUCUGCAGUCCUCAGUAGGAAGUGGGAGAGUGGGAUUCAGAGCUGUCAUCGAGUACAAGUGUGUGUGUGCGUGUUUAUGGUGCUGUUUGCUGAGGUGAGCCAAGAAGGAUCAGCUAUAUGUGGUAUGUGUGUUUAGGUUAGAGUAGCAAGGGUGCAGCAAAGGCAAAGAUCCUACACAAUGCAAGGACGAGCGCAGGGCAGUACUGAUGGCAGGGAGUGCAGCUAAAGUACAAGGAGUGCCCUGGGGGUAGGGUGGAGGACGAAGACAGGAACAGACGAGGGAGAGGAGAAAAGACCGAGGGGACGAAGAGAGCCAAGUGGAAAAGAGAGGGUGAUCAUGGUUGUCAUAUGGUGAGCUAUAGCAUAUGCUGUAGCGCAGAGCAGACUGGUGCGGCAGGGGGAGGACAAGCAUCACUGCAUAAGGGGAGGGGGAGAGACUGAGGGAGAGAGGAGGGGGAGGCAAUCAGCUCAGCACCUCUCCCCCACCAGGAGGAGAAGCACAGCGGGACAGGCCCAGGAGAAGACACUCACUCACACACACACACACACAAAGUCAAAGACGCAUUGACAAGCAGCCAGAUCGGUGUGUAGGGGUCGAGAAGGGAACUGGUGUGGGACAUUUGGGGGGACGGGGCUGGGUGUACCCCCGCUGGCCGGCAGGUUCACAAGAGCGCAGGCCGGUCCUGGGAAGAAGAAGAAGGAGAGGGAGUGCUUCGGAGGAAGAGGGGUCGGCUCCCCAAGUCCUGUUUUCUUUGACAGCUUUGCCACAUUUCCGUCACCAUGGGGGAAUGGACCAUUUUGGAGAGGCUGCUGGAGGCGGCUGUCCAGCAGCACUCUACCAUGAUUGGAAGGUGGCCAGAAAAAGGAGACCAAAGGGAUGUCCGUGUUGCUCUGUUUCUCUUGGAUAUGAUCCUGCUUACUGUGGUGGUGAUUUUCCGCAUCCUGAUAGUAGGUAUAGUGGGUGAGAAGGUGUACGAGGAUGAGCAAAUCAUGUUCAUCUGCAACACCAUGCAGCCCGGCUGCAACCAGGCCUGUUACGACAAGGCCUUCCCCAUCUCGCACAUCCGCUACUGGGUCUUUCAGAUCAUCUUGGUGUGCACGCCCAGCCUGUGCUUCAUCACAUAUUCUGUUCACCAGUCUGCGAAGGCGCGUGACCGGAGCUACUCCCUCCUGCAUCCUUACAUGGAUCACCAUGGUCACGGUCAUCACGGUCGCCAUCAUGACCAUCACACUCGCAAGCUUCACGCUCGCAACAUCAACGGCAUCCUGGUGCACCCUGACAGCAGUAAGGAGGAUCACGACUGCCUGGAGGUCAAGGAGAUCCCCAACGGGCCCCGAGGACUCCCUCAAACACACAAGAGCGCCAAAGUGCGACGGCAGGAAGGCAUCUCACGUUUCUAUGUCAUCCAGGUGGUGUUCCGCAACGCGCUGGAGAUUGGCUUUUUGGCCGGCCAGUACUUCCUGUAUGGCUUCAACGUGCCAGGGAUGUUUGAGUGUGAUCGCUACCCCUGCGUGAAGGAGGUGGAGUGUUACGUGUCUCGUCCCACAGAAAAGACUGUGUUCCUGGUCUUUAUGUUUGCAGUGAGCGGCAUAUGUGUGCUGCUCAACCUGGCUGAGCUCAACCACCUUGGCUGGAGGAAGAUAAAGACGGCCAUGCGAGGGGUGCAGGCCCGAAGGAAGUCCAUCUGUGAAGUGCGCAAGAAGGAUGUUUCGCACCUGUCCCAGGCCCCCAACCUGGGCAGGACCCAGUCUAGUGAGUCAGCCUACGUCUGACAGAGGCUUCUCUGCCUGGGGGCUCGAGGACCUCUUAAAUUUUGGAGAAGAGCUUUUCCCCGGCCCAGGACCCCCGAUCAUUAGGGCACAAAACUCACCACUGCAUUAUUAUUCAGGAGCACAGACAGACUCUGUGUUGUCAUUAUGAAGCAUCAAUUCACAAAGUAGAGACUUUGACACUUAAAGACAGAGGAAUCACCUUUCUAAAAAGGCAACUGUGUUGCUGUAACAAAGCUUACACCUAAAGCUUUCACGCUGGAGAGUUGUGCUCUGCCUAGGUGACACUAGGUGCCUUCAAAGAACCCAACAGAUCAAACUGAGCAAUUAUUAAUAACUAAAUUAAAUGAAAAUACUGUAAAGAUAGUCUGAGGUUGAAUUAUCUGACUUUUUUCAUUAUUUGCCUUUGCUGUAGGUCAGAAAUAAUCCCCUCAGUUUCCAGUUAUGUGUGCAUAUGCAAGAGCUUAAGCGUGUGCAUGCAUACGCAUGUGUGUGUGUGUGGAAAAAAAAAAAAAAAAGCCAAUCUCUGACUCUGAGACAGAAAAUUGAAUGCUAAGCUAAUCUGAGCUACUGAGAGAAAGAUAAUGUUAUUUGUCAUUGUCCGUAGUCUUUGAGUGAACCCACUUGGCAGACAAACAAGCACCUUUUUCAACAUGUUCUUAGAAUCGUACACAAAGUCAAACACAAAAACCAACGACACUAAAACUAUCAGCAUAGACUUGAACACUCUAUUUGUAGUCAGUGUACCAGGCUUUUUCUUAAAAAUUGUCACUAUUCCUCAUAUUGUUUGUUGCAUUAGGUGCCAGUCAGACGCCAGACUGACAUUGCCUGGGAGCUUUGCUCAAAGUGAGACACAUGGUGCAUUGAAGAUGAGUUAUAUUUACUUUUUUAACACUGUGUUAUGCACUGCAGCGAUACCAAUGCCUGCGAGGCAUGCUGUUUACUCUCAGAACCCACUGAAAUGUGUGCCGGUGUUUUCCACUUUGGCUUGUAAAGUGUGAUCGCUGUCUAAAGGGAAUGAAUGGAGUAACAUAAAGAUUUUUUUUUCCCCAAUUAAACAGGAGAAGUAUUGUAGUCACAAAUAUUUUAACGUGUAACCUCAAGCUUUUUUUCACAAGCAGAUUUGGUGCCAUAUUUCAAAGUUACUGUACAUAGAUGAAAUGUAAUAAGUACACUUAGCCUUUUCCCUGUGCGGUGUAGUUGGGCUUCACUUGGAUGGGGGGAAGAGGGGUUUGGGUGGUAAUGAAGAUUAAUCAUAGAUUGCCAGCUUUAACAAUAUGUAUUAUUAACGUGAUCUUUGUUAAGCUUUCACCCUCUAAUGGCGAGUGUACGUUCCGAGAAGUGUUUUCCCCCUAUGGACUUUGAAAAAGGCAUGUUACUGAAGCAUUAAUAGAAUGGAUAGAUUAUGACAUGUACUUAAAGAGACUGUUUUAUUUAUUUGCAUCCUGCUCCUGUGAAAUGUAAUACUCAGCAUGCAUGAAGAUAAAAAAUAUAAAGAGAUAUCAACAUAGGAUCCCACUGUGGGAAUAUUGAAAGUGAAUAAAUGAAAGGCUCUAGAACUGCAGCAAUAAUAAUAUAUAGUAUGUGAAAAAAAUAUGUGAAUAAAUUAUUAUGCAAACAGUGA